UCCUCGGGUCGAGGAUGGAAUAAUUCCAGUCCAAUCCAACGUCUCUCUUUCCCGUCGUCGACCUUUGUACCUUUCUCUGUUCUUUCUGCAACCACGUCCAACACUCCAAAAGAAGAAGAAGAAGUCUAAAAAAGAGGAAGAGAAGACUGCUGCUUUGAUUCGUCGUCUAGGAAGCAAUUCCAACAUCGAAAUUCACUUGUUUUCAUCUCCCAAGGAACUUGACAUUGUGUGAGUUUUGCAAGAUGUUCUCACCUUCUGCACAUCAAAAGGGACCACAAAAUGCAUCAAACUGAAUUAGUUAUCGUUUGUGUCACUGUUGGUGUGGCCUUUGGAAUUUUGGCAGCAUCUGGCACGUUUAUUGCUGUAAGGUUGUACAGAAAGCGUUCUCGCCUCCAAAAUCACUCGAAUGAGAAUGGUGUCACAACUCUUCCUAUCCGUGCAAAUGGCAUUGGUACAAGCAUGGAGUCUAGUGUAUCACUCUCACAUUCUGAUGUUUUUCAUGGCUCACCACACUUGGCCAAAAAGAGCACUCAAUGGUCUUGGUGGGGCAGCCAUGAUAAUAAAGAUAUGUUUUCUUCAGUAUCCGGCAUUCCGAGAUACUCAUACAAGGAUAUUCAGAAGGCCACACAGAAUUUCACAACAAUUUUAGGGCAGGGAUCUUUCGGGCCAGUCUAUAAGGCGAUGAUGCCAACAGGUGAAGUGGUAGCUGUAAAGGUGCUUGCCUCUAAUUCAAGACAAGGAGAGAGAGAGUUCCAAACAGAGGUACUUCUGUUAGCCAGGCUGCACCAUCGAAAUCUUGUGAAUCUGGUUGGAUAUUGUGUAGAUAAAAGUCAGCACAUGCUGAUCUACGAAUUCAUGAGCAAUGGUAGCUUAGCAAGUCUGUUAUAUAGUGAAGGCCCACGAGUUUUGACCUGGGAAGAAAGGCUCCAAAUAGCCCUUGAUGUUUCACAUGGAAUUGAAUAUCUACAUGAAGGGGCAGUCCCACCCGUGAUACAUCGGGAUCUGAAGUCUGCUAAUAUACUAUUGGACCGGUUCAUGCGAGCAAAGGUUGCUGAUUUUGGGCUGUCCAAGGAAGAGUCUUACGAUGGCAGAAACUCAGGCUUAAAGGGUACAUAUGGCUAUAUAGACCCUGAAUACAUGUCAACGAACAAGUUCACAAAGAAGAGUGACAUCUACAGUUUCGGCAUAAUACUUUUCGAACUCAUCACAGCCAUCAACCCACAGCAGGGCCUAUUGGACUAUGUCAAUCUUGCGGCAAUGGACGGAGAUAGCAAAGGGGGUUGGGAUGAGAUACUCGAUAAGCAGCUUGUUGGCAACUGCGACCCUAAAGAGGUCAGGCUUCUCGCAAGUACCGCAUACAAAUGCGUGCAUAAAACACCCAGAAAGCGCCCAUCGAUAUUAGACAUUUCACAGGCCAUAUCGAGAAUCACACAGCAGCGACUAACCAAGGUAGAUACGAUGUCUUCUGGGAGGGGAGAUAUUUCUCGAGCCGUAAGCCGAAUAGAGCAUCAGCAAAUUGAAUUGGGCUAUAUGACCAGCAUCAAUGAAAGAUCACAGGAACAUUGAAUAAUUGCAUUGCCCAAGAGAUUUUUGAAACCAUUGAGAAUGCCAAUGGUGAUUAGAGAGAGAGAGAGAGAGAGAGAGAGAGAGAGAGAGAGAGGGUAAUGGUCUUGAAUUGGGGUAUGCUUAUUGUAUACUGUCCUUCACGUACAGAGUACAAGAGGUAACCUUUUUGCAUUAUACAUGUUAAAUUCUCAAAGCUUCAGCUUCUAACUGAUAUGAGAGAGAGAGAGAGAGAGAGAGAGAGAGAGAGAGAGAGAGGUAAUGGUCUUGAAUUGGGGUAUGCUUUUUGUAUACUGUCCUUCACAUACAAAGAGUACAAGAGGUAACCUUUUUGCAUUAUACA